CCGCGACAAGCUCCACUCUGCGACCCAUGGGGAGACUGUCCAAGGCUUUGGGUGUGGGCUCGAAAGGCAGCCUGCGUAUCGAGCUCGACCGAGGCACCUACCAUCCUGGAGACGUCAUCACCGGCACCGUCUACCUGUCCGUCUCUGAUGAGAUCAAGAGCAAAGAACCACUGGUGCUGGAGGUGAAUGGCGAGGAGUACGUCAAGUACAACGAAGUCUACGGGGAAGCGGCCAUACCACGCAAGCAAACCAACAAGCUAAUGGCCGACCGCGUGACGUUGUGUGACGGCCGCGAGGCCUUCGCGCCUGGGGAGUACGUCUUCCCAUUCACCUACCAGCUAGGCCCCGCACUUCCGGGGAGCUUUCACGUUGACCGUCGCCACGCGGGCGAGAUUUGUGACAUCGACGCGGCGGUGAAGUACGAGCUGAAGCUGCGCUUGCCGGUGAAGGGCGCGUUCAGUGCCGACCUCAAGGCGGAGCGCCCGCUGGUCAUCAAGCCCGCGCAAACCGCGCAGCUUGUGCAACCUCGGACGGACGCCACUGCCCAAUACGCCAAGCUGCUGGGUCUCAUCCGCCAAGGCAACUGUGAAGUAUCGGGCUCUCUGGAGCGCGACGUCUUCGUUGCUGGCGAGACGCUGCAGGUCCGAGCCUCGGUAGUCAACGGCUCGAGUAUGGACGUCAAGGCGGUGUUGGUGCGUCUCGUAGAGGAUCUUGUCAUCCGAGCGAACAGCGACCACGGCGAGAUCAAGGCGCAGACCUGCCUCGCCAAGAAGGAAUUCCCGGGCGUGGCAGCUGGGGCCACGACCAUCGACCAGGCGUACUCGCUUGACUUGGUCGGACGCUCCGAGAGGUAUGCCGUUCUCCCUCCGAUGGCCUCGAGUUUAGUCACGACGAGACACCACGUCGAAGUUCGCUGCAAGUUCCGCAUGAGCCCGAACGUGCACAUUGAGAUCCCAGUGACGAUCUUGGCCCCGACAUUGACAGAGUCAGCGACAGAGUCAGCGGCAGAGCAAGCGGUGGACGCCAAGACGAAGGCUCUCUGA